AGGGCGUGAUCUGCCUCAAUCAGUUUAGCACAAUGCUGCAGGAUCCCCGCUUGUUCUCAGCGGAACAUGAUCUCCGUUCUCAGCUGACAUUAUGAUGUUGUAGCCUUUCUCACCGGGAGCUGAUUUAGUUUCCUUUGCAGCUUCAGUCCGUGGAAACAUUUGGAGUCUGAUUGUGUCUCUUUUCUCUCCUUUUCCUCCUCCUCCUCAUCACCAUGCACCCGAUGCCUGUGUGCUCCGUUAGCUGUGGAGACAUAUUUGACUGUAUACAGAGAGGGAAUAUUGAACAGUGUAUACACUUCGUUCAAAGUGAUCGAUCAGUCCUCAAACAGAAAGGUAAGACAAUCAAAAUGCAUGUGAAUCUAACCAGUGCUGUCUUUUAUUUACUGUUUGUUCUGAAGAGUAUAUUCCACUUCCUGUAGGUUUCCUGUCAACAAAAUAGUUGAACCUGUCACUGUUAGUUCCUGUUAUUCCCAUUACAAACACACUAAACUAUUGUUUGGUACCAGUUUGUUCUGCUCAGGUGUAACUUUUGUGUUGUGUAGAAAUGGAGCUGCAAAAUCUCAAGACUUGGUUUUGAUGCUAAUAAAUUAUCUUUAAAUAUUUUAAACAAUAUAUAUAUGGUUUUUGGGACUCUAAAUGAAAGUGAUUAAAUCAAUCAACCAAUCACUUUAUUUGUAAAGCACUUUUCAUACAUGGACUGUAUCACAAAGUGCUGUACAUUAAAGAACACAAGAAGGAGAGGAUCAGGGGAUACCAAAUAAAAUACCAAAUAAAAUACAAAUUGCAAAACCCCACCACCCACCCACACACCCACCCACACACACACACACACACACACACAGACAGACACACAAACACACACACACACACACACAACCACUGGGACACCAAGUCAGGGCUCAGCAGGAUUGUAAUGUUAAAUUAAGAAUCUGUGAUGUUGACAUUGAAAGAGUUACUGAGACUCAAUUUCUUGGAGUUGUCAUUGUGCAUGACGGUGACACAAAUCUUCAGUUUGUCUUCUCCAAAUCUAAAUCAAGCAAUUGGUCAAUUUUUUUCUGUGCCAAAUAUCAACUUUACUCUUAUAUUGUGUUAUUUACUUUCAUGCCUCAGUGCCUCCUGAUUUGAUUUUGUUACUGAGCCAAAGAGAAACCUAACCCUGCAGCGCCUCUGUGAGAUGGCCUGGCACAGAUCUAGAUGGGCAGAUCCUGUGACAACACAUAACAAAGUCACAGUGUGCCAAAGGAACCCAAGACCCAACUCCAGACAGACUGUGCAUUUACGUCAGGUGUGCACAGAGACUGCAGAUCAGUUUGAAGGUCUGCGUCCAGCGUCCUGACUGUCUGUUUCCAUCCAGGCUGGGGAGGUUUCACCCCGCUCCACUACGCUGCCCUUCAUGGUAACCGCGCUUUGGUCGACCUUUUCCUUAGCAACGGAGCUGACCCUAACCUGACAUGUGAUGCAGGACAGACAGCCUUUCAUUUUGCCUGCAGGUAACCACAUUAAAGUGUGAAACAAAUGGGGAUCCUGUCUUAAUGUAGGAAUCAUGCUUUUUGUGCCGUUAUAUUGUUCUUUUAACCUUUGUCUCCAAACAGGCAAGGGAACAUCUAUAUCAUCCACCAGAUGAUGCAGUAUGGAGCUGAUUUACGCCUCAUAGACCUGCAGGGCAAAACAUCUCUGCACCAUGCAGUCACAGGAGGAAGCAUGUGAGUAGAGGACACAGCAGGACACAGCAGGACACAAUCUUGGUUAUUUAAGUCAAGCUUGGUUUAGUUUAUUAGUUUAUAGACAGGAACCAUGUUACAGCACAACUUCUGAUCUAGAAGAGUAAACUUUAAAGAGAAUUUAACCUUUAAAGGCAGGAUGGUGGAAAAACUUAAAAUGCAAAUAAUCAGAAGAAAAGAAAAACAAACCAACAACAACACAGAAUUAAAAACUCUAUGAACAGUACAUCACAUAACUUAUUCAUUAACAGUGAAACAGUUUUUAAUUACAUCACUUUGUAGAUAUAUGUAUAUAUAUAUAUAUAUAUAUAUAUAUAUAUAUAUAUAUAUAUAUAUAUAUAUAUUUAUACCAAUAUAAACUCAGUCCCAACAUGUUGGGAUAUUUUACAAGAAAUAGACGAGUAAUAUCUGUUUUAAAGGGAACGCCCUCCAUCAUAAGACAAGAGGAAAAAAUUAAAUAAACCAUAGAGACAACAUAAAAGAGAGCGUUGAAUUUAGCUAACACCAUUGCAUAUCAAUAUUUCAUACUUCUAUUAAUGCUCUUGCAUACAUUUAUCUUGUCAUGUUUUUGUUUGUUUUAUUCUUACAUACAUAUAUUUUUUGGUUGUUUUUGUGUUCUCGUUUGCUUUUAUCCUGCUGUUUUUACUCUGUAAAGUGUCCUUGGGUGUCCAAAAGGGCACUUAUAGAUAAAAUGUAUUAUUUUUAUUAUUAUUAUUAUUAUUACAUGCAUACACAUGUCUUGACAAUGAAUACAUCCUGUUCAUCAGUGCACUUUACCCCCUCUAUAAGUCAUCUACAUUAUAGUCCAUGCUGCUACAACACAGCCUGCCAUUAGCAGUCAAGAAUCUGCUUUAGUAAUACCUGGUGGCAUGAGAUAUAGGUCACUGAGCAAACAUAACUGAGGAGACUGGAGAAGUGGCUUCUUGAGUCAUCCUUUGAGGCUGUUCAGCGCCAGACCUCAAAGAGGCUGUACAAUGGUGCAACCCCACAGAGCAUUAAACUCUGAAACUUGUUCAGAGUCGAGUUCCACUUUGUAAUGCAGAUAGUCUAAGAGCAGUUUUCUUAAAUAUAGCUGAACAGUCACCUCCUGCAGAUGCACCAGUGUCCUCAGCAUUGUUCCUGCAGAGUCACACACAGUGGUGCCUGAUUAAGAAUCGAUUCAUAUGUCAGUCAGAUGUCUGCAAAGAAAGGAAAGCUCUCAAAUGUUGAAAAAUUGUACACCUGAAUAAAGUGUAUUCAGGUUUUAGAGUGAUCACGCCUUCCUGGUCCUAGCUUGUUACACAGUAAGAGAAAAAAAUGGUGACUGAUGUUUUUGCUCAUAUGAAAGUCACAUUUAAAUGUUUCUGAAUGCACUAACUUUAAAUUAUGUUUCCCAGUGUUGCCGUGCACUAUUUGUGGGAGACAGGGAUGUUCCGGUUCUCAGACACAGACAUGUACCAGGUGACACCUCUUCACCUGGCUGCAUCCACAGGCAACACAGAGGUGGUCCGCUAUUUGCUCAAAGACCAGGUAUGAUGUAGUCCCGUAGUCUGCAGAGGACUAACGGUAGAAUAAGAUCUGUGUGCUAAAGCUGCAUUAAAAUAUUUGAUAGUCACUGUCAGUGAAGGCAAAAAUAAUCAAAAGUGUUGCUGUUGCAAUUGCUGCACUUAGAAUCAAGCUGCUUCACAGAAGUGAAACAUUCAGCUUCCCUUUUUCAGUUCUCCAGCCCACACGUUUACAGCAGGGUAUGCGUCACUUUUAUUAACGGCUCCAGUGAGACUUCAGGCAGAUAUUUUCAGAUGAUAUUAAUACCUGCACAAAACACCACACUGAGUGGCUGAAUCUGCAGCUCACUGGUUGAAAAAAAAAAACAGAAUAUUUAUCAGUCUGAACACAGAUUCUCUCAGACAUUCAACUCAGACCUGAAGACCAAAAUUCACCGAGUGACAUGUUGUUAUUAUUGUUGCUAGAUUUAAAAUAGGAAAGUGUUUGCAGUUACCGUAAGUUACUCUGGUGUGGUUAUAACGGGGUAUGAAACAGUCUCUACUUUAACACCAGCUAGAAGAUUGACUAUUUAAAACUCCUGCAUGAAACAUUUGGCUGAUUCUGAAACCGUCUCUGUAUGACCCACAAAAACACAAGACUAAAAUUAGCAUGAUUGAUCAUUUCUAUAGAGUAAUUACCAAUGCUAGUGCUGUCGGUGUUACAGCAAAGAUCUACAGUGGUUGUCUGUCAGGUUGGUUUUUGUUAAAGAAAUCUACAAUUUGCAGACCAAAAAAAGGCUUUGUUUACACUGUCCGCAUUAAAGGUUCAGAUGUCAAUGUACAUCAACUAGUUAGGAGUGAGCAGAGAGACAUUUUUCAUCAAAUGUUAUCGAUGUGUAGGGCAGGAUCAGCAAAGAAUUAAGAUUUACUGAUUUGUCCGUCAGAGAAUAAUCAGAAAAUAAAAGUUUUUUGUAGCUGCGGUAUUAAAACUAUCUAAACUUAAGAUCCAUGUGGACCAUCUUUUGUUGAGAUGUUCUCCCACAUUUAUGAUAUUUUCUUGAUAGUAAAAUGCUUAAUGCAUCUUAAAAUAAAUCAAAAUGUGGUUUUGUGGUUGUGCUAAAUAGCCUUUUAUUUGAAAUUGUAACCAAAGGGGCACUGAUCUAGCACAACAGUGAAGUUAUGCACCCAACAGGAGAAGCUCAAGUCCUUAAAGCAAGCAGAGCAGCCUGAGUUCAACUAUUAACCUUUUCCCUGUUAUCAACACCAGUAACAUGCAGCAGUUUCACAUUUUAUACCUUUUUUGCAGGAUAUUAGCUUUAAAAGCUGCAAAAUUCCAAAACAAACAACAAAAAUAUGCAAUCAUGCAAACAGCCUAGAGUAUAGUAGUGAACAUUAACAGUUAAAUUCAGAUCAGAAAUAAACUGAAACCCUCGCUAAAGCUAAGAUAUUCUUAUCUGACAUGCGUCAGACUACAGUCACGCCCAAGUCUGAAGCAGGAACAGUGCAGAGCAGGAUUCACUAUCUAAAGGGUGUAACUGUGCCCCCCCUGCUGUGUGUUCCUGUGUCAGAGAUGUGCUGUGGAUGCAGUCGAUCAGCAGGGGGCGACAGCGCUUCACGUAGCAGCGGAGAGAGGCGGCGUGGAGGUAUGCUGGACACUGCUGCAGAGAACAGGGUGUGGGAUGCUCUACCAGAAGAACCACAGCGGCCUCACUCCAUUGGAGCUCAGCAAGCAGGGGAAAACAUUCAGGUGAAUGUGCCGUGUGCAGAAAUCUUUGGAAAAACACUGACCAGCAGGUCACUGCAUGGAGUAGAAACACCCCAGAGUACCUUUAGAUAUCCUGUAUGUUUGCAUUUCCAGAUUACUCUGUUCCUCUGGGGAUCCUGAUGCUGAUUAAUACAUCGCUUUACUGUGAAUUUUUCUCUAGACAUCAGCAACUCACCAAGCUACUGAGUCGGUACAUUAAUGAGCCCAUACACCACAAGCCCAGAGAGUCUCAUGGUAAAUAUUUGUGUUUUUUAGUCUCAUUAUUGAUGCAAGGACGGCUCAUGAGUUGAUGUUGGUCCAAAAGUACUGAGUGAGUGUUUAUGUAACAUGAGAUCUGUAUGCAUUUCUGUUUGUUUUCACCAGUCUUGUAUUACUGGACGCUGUUCUUUCCGACCCUGAGUGGAGCUUCCAUCCUGCUGAUCGCUGCCAUGCUGGGAGGUUAUGGAGGAUUGAUCUGCUUGUUGCUUUUCCCCUGGCUCGCCCGCAGCAUAUUCACACAAUACCACCGAAUGACCACAUAUCAGAGGUCUGAGAAAAGUUCAGAUUGUAAAAUGUUUGUGAGUAUGUACAAUAUUUUGCUGUUUUUUGACCUGUUAAAUCUGUUUCUUCCAGGUUACCCAACCCGAUCUACCUGGGGACCCUCAUAGCCGGCCUGUUCCACUCUUUGCUCUGCUUCUAUGGAAAGAUAAUGCCAAAUAUCCUCAAGAAAAGCUGCACAAUUACUGUCAUAUUUUUGUAAUAUCCAGGUUUGUCUAGCUUGUAAAGAUACACCAUGAGUAAAAAGUUGUUAAAAACUUAUUUUAGUAUUUUUGUAUCCAUAGGUUUAUGACAGUUCUUGGCUUUUCUCUUGUUGUAAAACUUUUUAGCACUUCUGUGGUCGUCCUUUUUGUCUUGAAUAUGCACUAAGAGAAAUGUAAUUAAUACCACACCAUAAAGUAAAUCCUUAACUCCUCUGAACGUGUGUGGCCAGCGAGUGCUCUAGUCCAGGUGUCCAUGGUCCACUUCUCCUUCGUCCUGGGCUUGUUCUGUAAGGUUCUGACUCAGGACCCGGGGACACUGGACAGAGCGGAUGCAGAUCCUCGGUUCUCUUGCAUCGCAGACCUGGUAGAGCACAACCAGAGCCAUCAUAGGUUCUGUCCGUACUGUGAGGUGAGACAUCAACAUCUAGGUCAGGGUUUAGAGAGUCACAGUGUAUCUCUAUAUGCCACUUAAAGGGAUAUUCUGGCAUAAAAUUAAUUUAGGGUCAAACACAACGUAACACGAGUUAGACACCCCCUCGAGAGAUGAAUUUUGCCGACUGCUUCCUUCUCUAGUUUUACCAACUUUAGUAACGACCGCACGAUAGCAAUACACAGCGGUCUGAGGAGCCAUAAACAAACCUCAACCAAAACGCCACUCUCUAGCCACAAAUAAUACUCAGAACAGCACCUAACUUCAUCAACAGUACAUAUAGGGUCACAGCCAUAGUACUAGACACCAAACAUCUUUUUAACUUUGACUAAUUUCUUUAGCAAAGAGACUAAACACAACUCAUUUACUUUCUUGUUUGUAGUGAGACCUCAGGUCAGUCCAUUAUGGACUACAGCAGGGUGACGCAGCUCAAGGAAGAACAUUUAAGAUCGUUCCUUCAUGGGAAUGCAAUCAGACCGAGACGCUAGAGUGGCGUUUUGGUUGAGGUUUGUUUAUGGCUCCACCGACCACUGUGUAUUGCUAUCGUGCAGUCAUUACUUAAGUUGGUAUAACUAGAGAAGCAAGCGGUCGGCAACAUUCCGGCGUAAAUUAAUUUUACGCCGGAAUGUCCCUUUAAUCCAUCUAUCUAGGUCCUUGUGGUUUAAAUGAAUGACAGUGAAUUCAGGGUGAUAUUCAUAAAGAUAUGCAGAUGAUUCCUUCUCCAUGCUAGAAUUAAACUAACAUAAAAGCAGUGAUCUGUGAAACGCUUAAGUUCCCUUAAGCUCAGCAUAAACAGAGAUCUCACUUGUUUCCCACUGAGAUAUCCGAAACUCAUUUCAUUGUCAGCAUGGUCAGCUUUCCUGCACAUAACCAAAGUCAACGCUCGUUCACGAUGAAGCUUCUCAGAUUUCCUUUUUUACUCUUAUGCAGCAUCAAAUCUUAAGCUCAAAUGGGUUCUUAACUACAUUUUCAAAGCUUUUUCCUGCAGUGUAUUUGUAAUGUAUUGUGUGUUUUAUCAUACAUAAGUUAUUGAUUAAGAAUUUGGUAAAAGGCUGAGGAGGAGUAUCCGCCUUUUUCUCCACCUUUAGUGCUUUUGUGUUUGCUUGAUGUUGAUUUAUGUACAAAGACCUGCUUUGAAAAAGACUGAACCCAAAGCUUCUGAAGUAUCAUCCCUCAUCAGUUUCUAUCAUCAUCAUAAAAAAGGUUGGCUUAGAUCUCAUACUUAUGUUUGUUUUUCUUUUAUAGCUGUUUCCGCCUGACUUUACCAAACACUGCAAACUCUGUGACAUGUGCGUCAGAGACUACGACCACCACUGCCUUUUCCUCAACCGCUGCGUCGGACGGGGUAACCACCGUCUCUUCCUCCUCUUCAUCCUCUCAAUGGUGAUCGCCCAUUUGCUUUUUGUUGCCACGGCAACAAGUUACUUGCACGACAAGCUGCCUGCGGGCAGUCACAGCUUGUCCAUGUGGCUCUCACUGCUCGGGGAGGAGUUCUGGGUUGUGGUCAUGAUGGUUAUGAAUUCGCUGACGCUCCUUUGGGAGGUGUGGCUCCUGACUGAGCAGUUUGAUGCCGUCGCCACGGGGAAGACGACUUACUUCAGACAGUGUGAAAGCUCGGCGAGGCAGAGGUCACUGGCACAGCGUUGGGUCAUAGUGCUGUCGUUUCUACUGGAGGGGCGAAGGCGAGUGGGCAGCGGGCACACAAGAGAGGAUAAAACUGCCAUAGACAUCUGAAGUGUCGUUUAGUUUUGUGUGCUGAAAAACAGAAACUAUUUUACCAUUGACUACUAACUAAUAUAUACUGUGCAUUCUUAGUUUACAGAGUCUGUGGUGUGCUCUUAUCUUUGAGAGAAUGUCCUCUUUAGACCCAGUAACUUUCUAGCGCCAUAAAAGCUGUGUUUCCACCACAGGAACUUACCUCAGGACCAGGAACAAAAGCACAUUCUCAGUCCCUUUAUAUCACAGGGUCUAAAUAAAGUCUGACAUUGUUUAAUUUACCUCCUAAAAUGGUCUUGCUAGACAGGAGCAUGUCCAGACUUUGUUGACUAGAGUGGCCUAACUCAAUCACUGACUAACACCGAGGUGAAAUGAAGUAUGCCCCUCUAUCUCGACUUAUAUCAAGGUCUCACAUAGAUGUUAUAGUCUUGUAACUCUUGGAAAGUGAAAAAACAGUGGCAGCUUAGAAAUUCUCGAAAUGGAAAUCCAAGAAGAUUCACAAAAACGUCUAUCAAAAGUCACAAUGUAAAGAACCAACACAAAAUUGAAGUCACGGAGAUUGACUUGCACUAGCACCUUUGUUGGGGUGAAUCACGUCACAAAGCUGGUUGUGCAGCAGCUGUUAGCAGGUGAUCCUCUCGCCUUGAAUCAAAUGUAAAAGUAGAUCUGUUUGGGCCAAGACUCUCAGCAAACAUGUGAUUUUAGUGAAUGCUUUCAUCCUGUCCUUGACAAAUUUUAAGUUAUUCUCUCUUUAAAUUUUCAUUUUCGCCACGCAUCGAUAAGACCAUGAAAUUGAGAGCAUGUUAAAAACUGUAUAAGGAAACUAACAACGCUUGUUUCUCAAAAGUAGUGCUUCAGCCACAGACAGCAAAUAAGUAGAAAAGUUGAGGCUGGGAUCAUCAUCAAACCUGCAAAACCUUCAACUGAUCAAACAUUGUCUGUAAAUGUCAGUGCUGUGUGAUUCCCCAAAGGGAGUGCUACGACUAAAGUAGAGAAAUGAGUCAAUAGAUCUGUUUAGAGGAGGAUCUUGAUUCUGUUUAUAAAAGUUGGGGCAGAUCAAACUCAAUAUGAAGGAGUAACAGUAACUUCCUGUUUUAUUGAAGUGUGACAAGUAAUCAUCAAAAAAUGAGAGUCAAGUUAAAAUCGGGGAUUUCCUGACGGGUAAAAGUGUGAAGGAAUUUUUGUCAGUCUUGGUCUGAUAUUCAUGCAUACUUGAUUUCAGGUGAAAGUGACCUCCAUAGGGAUCCAAUUCUAAAAAAUUCUAGGUCGUACCAUGAAGUCACUUCUGCAAAAUCAUGCACAGGACUCGUACAGUAUCAAGUUUUCUUUAGACCUGAUGCAUGUGUGAAUUUUGGUGAGAUUUGGGGCAUGUUGAAAACUUCAAAUCUGUUUUAUUACAGACAUGAAAGAAUGAUAAUAAUCCAAUGAGGCCUCGCCCGAAUAUAGAGAUAUGUUAAAAAUGCAAAGCUACUUGCAGCCUGUUAAAAUACAGGUUACAGUUAAAAUAGUCCAUGAUUUAGGGGUGGACAAUCAGACUAAAAGGAGGACCCCUCUUUUGCUAUCCCCGAACCCCCCUCUAGACACGCCCCUGCUGUAUGUCAGAGUAUUAGUUACUGACAUACAGAGACCUGAAAGUGGAUAUUUAUAUGUGGAAUAUAUGAAAAAUGGCAGAAGGAACCUUUAAAUCACCGCAGACAGAAACUUGUGGUUAACCUUUGGUGGAAACGCAGCCUAACAUGUUGUACUUGAACUUUAAUGUGAAUUUACCGUAUCUAAUUGUUCUAUUUUAAUAAGCAGUUGCUCAAAGAGUUGUUUAUCGGCACAAGUGUGCGCAAAGUGGCUAGCAGGAUAUCUACCACUAAAAGUUUUGAUGUUGACUUAGUUUUAAGAGACCUUACUGAUAACAGUGUUACAUCAAAAAUGUCUGUGUGUUUACAGUGUUCUGUCUACAUAACCAGAUAUUUACAAAACUGUGUUUUAGCAGGGAAUGAAUGAAAGCUCAGUUUCACUGCUGCUCCCGUCCUUUUUUUAUCUUCAUGUUUUCGAUGAAAGUGUGUGUUUGUUUCCAGCGUAGAUCAAAGUUGUGAAAAUAAGUGUGUUUAAAACAUUAGCUCGUCUUGUUCGGAUCUAAUAGUUCCUCUCUGGUGCACUGAUAGUCUUUGUUCUUAAUCUAAAGUCAUUACCUCUCUGACCGGCUCGCAGCCUUUUCAGCCCUGACACUUCCUCCGCUCGCACUAAUGAGACAUGCUCUUUUCAUGUCUUCAAUUAAACACACUCAUUUCCUUUGUGUCCCUCAGUACCAUAUUUCUAGAUUAAAGAUGACAUUCCCCACACCCCUCAGAGGCUGGUGUGUCUGGACUAUGUGAGUGUAUAAGUCAUGUAAUAUUAUUUAUUGUCUUUUAAGCAUAUGGAGUGUUUUUACUGUGUUUCUGUGUCCUGGAUCAGUAUUAUUUCAUAUAAUGGGCUGACUUCUUGGUUCAUUUUACACUGCUCUAAUGUUUUCUACCCAUUUCGUUUUUGCUUUUUAAGAUGUUACCUCAUUUGUGCCAUGAUGCGUUUUAUGCUCAAGGAGAAAUGUGUUAAAUAAAACACUGUGUAAGCUUCCAUUUGUGGGAGGAGAUCGUUCUUUUUCUUGUUUUACUGUGUCCCUCCCUCGUCUGAGUUUUACCCUAUAAUGUACAGUAAAAACCAACUGCAGGACAAACUAAUAACAUUAAUAAACUUUUUUACAAGUCA